AUGGCCACAGGCAAUGAUUCAGUGCUGACCGAGUUCAUUCUCCUGGGACUCACAGACAGGAAAGACCUUCAAGCUAUCUUCUUGGUGGUUUUUCUGGUCAUCUAUAUGAUCAGUGUUGUGGGAAACCUUGGUUUGAUUGUCAUAAUACAGAUCAGUCCUCAGCUUCACACCCCCAUGUAUUUUUUCCUGAGUCACCUGGCUUUUGUUGACUUCUGCUAUACCUCCUCCAUCACUCCAAACAUGCUGGUGAAUUUUAUGCAGGAGGUUAAAAGGAUAACCUUCUUUGCCUGUGCUAUCCAAGUGGCAUGUUUUAUCACUUUUGUAGUUUGUGAAAUGUUUCUUCUCUCAGUCAUGGCCUAUGACCGGUAUGUUGCCAUCUGUAAUCCUUUACUGUACACAGUUGUCAUGUCUCAAAAAACCUGUAUCCCAAUGGUUGCCAGUACAUAUACUUAUGGCAUAUUCAUUGGAAUCCUACAGACCACUGUUACAUUCCAUUUGUCCUUCUGUUCCUCUAAUGUAAUUAAUCACUUUUACUGUGAUGAUGUCCCAUUAGUAGCCUUGGCCUGUUCUGACACUCACGUCAAAGAAAUGAUGCUAUUUGUCAUUGCUGGUUUCAACACUCUUCUCUCCCUUCUUAUUGUCCUUAUCUCCUAUGUGUUUAUCCUUAUUUCUAUCCUGAGAAUCAAUUCUGCUAAAGGGAGACAGAAAGCCUUUUCUACCUGUAGUUCCCACCUACUGUCCAUCACCAUAUUUUAUGGUACAAUCAUCUUCAUGUACCUUCAACCCAAAUCAAGUCACUCCUUGGACACUGAUAAAAUAGCCUCUGUAUUCUACACAGUGGUCAUACCCAUGCUGAACCCCCUCAUCUACAGCCUGAGGAACAAGGAGGUAAAAAAUGGCUUGCAGAAAGUUAUAAGGAAAGUGAGUUCCACAACACCACAUAGUUCAUAG